CAACCACGCACCCAAGACGGCUGCUGCUCACGAUGCCAAAACGCAGCACGGCAUCCUCCGAGCCCAGCCCACUUCCAGUGCCAGUGUGCGAGGCACUCGGCCUCGCCAGCGUGCGGCAGCUCUCCGAGCUAUUCCACAGCGAGUGUGCCGCGCUCGGUGGCCGCAAGCUGCAUUCGCACUUUGAGCAGUGGCUGUGGUCGGCCCGAGCGGGCGUUUCUGAGGGAGCUCCCGUGAUUCCGCACCCGCCGGCAGCUGAGGCGUCGACGGCGCUGCGCCGGAAGCUGGUUUGCGCCGGCAUGAGCGAGGAGGCGGCGCUCGCGGCGACGGCAGCACUCGAGCAGAGGGCCAAGGCGCUCGCGGGGCGCCUGGCGUGCGCUCGCGCCGCGGCCGGCCCGCAGCAGGCCGCGUCGGAGGUGCGGUUGAGCGGCUCCGGCUCGGGCGGCACCGUCACCCUCUCGUGCGGUGGCGAGAGCGUGGUGUGCAAGCGGUCGCACCUCGAGAAGCUGCGCGCGCUGCUGAGGAGCGGCGACGCCGGCGAUGCCGCCGCGGCGAGCGGCGAGCGGCUCUUUGAGCGGCGCGCCUACUGCGUGCUCGCCCGCGUGCUGGCGCUGCAGGGCGGCGAGCCUCGGGCGGGAGGGAUGCAGGCGGCGGUCGGGUACCGGGUCUUCGACGCGCUCGCCCGCCACCACGGCGCCGCCUUCGAGCUCUUCGCCUCGCCGCUCAACGCGCGCUUCUCCUCCUUCUGCUCCGCCGCGCCCGACGUCGACCGAGCCUUUGGCUCGGUCGGCUCCUUCUUCUCGCCCUCGCUCGACCCCCUCCUCGCCUCUGGCGCGUUCCAAGCCAACCCGCCCUACGACCCGCCCCUCGUCGCAGCCAUGGGCGAGCGGAUGCACGCGCUGCUCGCCUCGGCCGACGCGCGGCGCGACGCCCUCACCUUCAUCGUCAUCAUACCGCACUGGCAAGACAAGCCCUGCUGGCGGGCGCUCGAGCAGUCGUGCCGCUGCUCGGCGCACCUGCGGCUGCCUCAGGCGGAGCACGGGUUCUUCGAGGGCGGGCAGCACUACCGGCCGGCCCUGUGGCGGGCAGCCAACCACGACACCUCCCUCUUCUUCCUCCAGUCCGCCGCAGCGCCACGGCCGAGCGAGGCGUCGCUCGCGGCGCUGCGGACCGCUUUCCGCGCCGCCCCCUCCGCCCUCGAGCCCCCGAUCGGCGGCGCGGAGCUGCGGCCCAGGCUGCGGCCGCCCUCCGAGGCGAAGGGCGCGAAGGUGCGGCGGAGGGCAGAGGGCGGCGGCGCACCGGUUGAGGCGCCGCUAAGCGCAAAGCGAGCAGCGCUGCUCUCGCGGCCGAUGGCGGAGCUGCUCGCCGGCACGAGUGGCAAGCAGCGGAGGCAGGCGCGGAAGAGGCUCAAGGAGCGGAAGCGAAAAGCGAUGAUAACGGAUCCGAAUGCAAAAGAAAAAUGUGUAAUGAGUGUGUGAAAGCAAACGCUGUGUGUGAUGCCAUGUGGUCUAGCAUCUACGACAUAGCCGUAGAUCGCGUAUAGGGUAGUGUGGCUGUGUGCGCGACCGUGUCCACGUACACCACGAGUGUGCGCACAUUGGGGGGCGAAAUGUAGAGGGUCGUAGCUUCUAACACAUCGUCGCUAUGGA